ACUUUCGUAUAUCAAAUAUUGAUUUGCAUUCAUGAAAAAAGAUCUUAAACUAUUGAACGGGUAUAUAAACUAUAUACAUGUAGUGUGCGUUACAAAAAGAAAAGAAAACCACAUAAUAAUUAAAUAGGACUAUACAUAACCGAUUAUCAUGGCUAGACGAUUAGCAACAAACCUAAAGGACGAGUACCUUAGUUGUAGCAUCUGUCUGGACCAAUACCAACAACCAAAGACAUUACCAUGUGACCAUAUAUUUUGUCAACAAUGUCUUACAAAUCACUUAACACAGAACAUUACAACCAGCAAACCACAAGUAGAAAUUUCGUGUCCUGUGUGCAGAGAAAAGACUAUUGUGAAAUCCAAAGGCAACUUCGAUGUAAAAUCAUGGGUGAAAGCUUUACCGACCGAUUCCCUGGUAGGUUCGCUGAUGCAGACUCUCAAUAUGCACGAAACGUGCGCAAGAAGUCCAGACGUUUUACCAAAACUUUGCAAAAGGCAUGGCGGGAAACCAUGUGAUGCGUAUUGCUUCACACAUUCGCAGUUAAUGUGUUGGGAAUGUGCGGCACGUGAUCAUCGCACUUGUAAUGUAGAUUCUGCAGACAAAGCAAAACAUUUAGUACAACCGGAAAUAGAAUCCAUGAAGAAAGAUUUGGAAAGUCACCUGACAAGGGCACGUGAAAUGAGUAAAAGUGAUGAAACAUUUAAGAAAACUAAAUCACAUGUUUUGAAAUCUCUUCAACAUUUUGAAAGACGACUUGACAAUGUUUUUACCUCUGCAAAACACCAACUUUCACUACUACGAACAGAGGUUGAGCACGUUACCAAAAUGCAUCUCGAUGAAAGAAAGAAUUUCUAUGAGGCUGUGCAGUCACUUCUAGAGCUCAAAUGUUCAAUUGAGAUAUCGUCGACGGAGCAAGAAGCUGGCAAACUUUUCGCAUCGCUAGAAAAUCUGAAGAAAGAAAUGGAAUCAAGUGUCAGUCAGUUUAAAUCGAUUGGAAAGGAAAACGAAAGUUGUGGUGAACAUUACGUUAAGUUUGUAGUAGAUGAGAGGCUUCAAGAUUUUCUAAAUGGUUAUUCUAGUGUAGGAUUUAUCGACUCAAACGUGCCGGGAUCUUCCUCGGCUGUGGACAGUCUAAGCACACCGCGAUCAGCGCCUGUAUCAUUGUCACACAUAUUUAAACGUUCUCAGUCAGACAGUUCAGUGAAUGAUGCGGAUUAACGUUUUAUUCCUUCUGCAACAGCAGUUGUUUUAACGUGUGGGUACGGUGAUCUAGUUCUUUAGAUGUCAGUCACGUAGAUCUACGAAAAGAUCGUGGAUUCUAGUCCUACAUUGGUCUUGAAAUAGAAUUAUACUUGUAAAGGGGAACAAAAUCAAAAGCAAAUAUUCUACUUGAAUCGAAAUUAAACCAUUAGAAUUGUGUUUGUUAUAAUAUAUGCAGUUUUCAGAAAACGUUUUAGUAACCCUUAAAAUGACGAAAAUUCAAUCUUAUUUGGAUAGAAACCAUGUAGAACACAUUAUAUGGAAUGAAAACAGAAAAAAUGUUGACAGUUUCUAAUUUUCUUCUUAUUUCUUUUAACAUGGGAGAAUUGUUUUGGUAUAAGCAGAAACAAAAUUUAUUUCAUGACAAAGUAAAUCUGUUUGGAAGAUGAUUUAUCAUAUUCUGGUUAUGCAUCAAAAGUAUUUUCGGCGAAUUACGUUUCAAUGGAUCUUUUU